GUUUCUAGUAUUUACAGUUAGUACAUCCGCUAUUACAAAAUAACAAAUCAUCAACUCUUCUCGUCAUACACUUCGCGUAUAAAUGUCAAUCAUUUCGCAGUGUACAUGUUAUCUGUGUCGUGGAUUAAAAUGAUAUACAACUGUUGUAACGUUAAUAACAAAUUUAUAUUAACAUUUCUAUUUUUAAAAGGAUUAACACUUGUAUUAUCACACCCUCAAUGUCUGGAUUAUAAACCUCCGUUUCAACCAAAGACAAAAUUGAAUUUUUGUGCCAAUUAUUCUUCAUUCAGUUGUUGUACACCGAACAAAGAUCUCAAUCAAUACAAGGAAUACCAAAGAAUUCGCGACAUAAUUGGGAAGACUUCAAAUUUGUGGAAUAAAUGUUCAAAAAUAGUUGAAGAGUUAUUGUGCCAACAGUGUUCGCCUUAUGCAGCCCACAUUUACGAUGCGGAAGCUACAUUUAAUCCCCGAGAUUUUCCAGGAUUGUGUAAGCCUUACUGUGAGCAUUUCUAUGACAACUGCAGAGGAUUGCUGCAAUACAUGUCGAAAGACCAAAAUCUUUUACAAGCCGCGUCAAAAAACAGGACAUUUUUCUGUCAACAGACGGAACUAGUUGAUAAGGACUAUUGUUAUCCCGAAUUACUGUCGAACGAUGUGCUUAAUAACAAAAUAUCAAUUAAACAAGUUACCUCGCCUGGAUGUAUAUGUAUGGAAGAACUAGCAGAAAAACUUAAGAAUCCGGUUUUUGUACGCAAUGCGAAUGAUGGAACUAAUCGACUUUUUGUUGGAGAGGUUUCGGGGUAUAUCCAUAUAUAUUACCCUAAUGGACGGAGGCUUCAAAAUUUAUUCCUUGAUAUAUCGAGCAAAACAUUAAAUACAGAAAACAAUGGUGACGAAAGAGGUUUGCUUGGGAUAGCAUUCCAUCCUGAUUUCAAAUAUAAUCAGAGAUUUUUCAUUUAUUACUCGACGUAUAACAAUAAACUAGAUUCGAACAAUCAUCUGGUCAGAAUCAGUGAAUUCCGUGUUUCAAACAAUGAUCCUAACAUUGGUAAUGUGUCCUCGGAGAGAGUGCUACUGGAAAUACCUCAACCAUACUGGAACCACAAUGGAGGAGAAAUAAUGUUUGGUGAUGAAGGCUAUCUUUAUUUAUUUGUCGGAGACGGAGGGAGUGGUGGUGACCCUCAGGGAUUUUCUCAGAAUACAUCGUCGAUUCUUGGUAAAGUACUAAGACUAGAUAUCAACACAGAGGCCCACGGUCCAAAUAUAGCAUACAAGAUACCAGCUGAUAACCCUUUUGUUGGAAUUCCAAAUUUUAGGCCAGAAAUAUAUGCUUAUGGUGUUAGAAAUAUAUGGAGAUGUGGUAAAGACAGAGGUGAUCCAGUGACAGGUUAUGGAAAAGGAAGAAUCAUGUGUGGGGAUGUUGGACAGAAUGCCCACGAGGAAGUUGAUCUUCUCCAAAAAGGUGGUAAUUAUGGAUGGAAUUCCAGAGAAGGAUUUGCUUGCUUCAAUGAGGAUUGUGGUAAAAUAGGCCCUGAAAUUCUUCCUGUAUAUUCCUAUCCUCAUGCCACUGGGAAGUCAGUAACCGGAGGUCACUUUUACAGAGGAUGUUUGAACCCUAAUUUAAAUGGUCUGUACAUUUUUGGAGACUUCAUGAACGGGAAAUUGUUCAGUCUUGAAGAAAAUAUAACCAGCAGCACCUGGAACGGCAAACAGAUAACAACAUGUGGUCCAGAAGUAUGUGUACCUCCGUUGACAGGAAAAUACGAACCCAAUAUCAUAUCUUUCGGCGAAGAUGAAUCUGGAGAACUGUAUAUGGUGUCAACAGGAUUUCCAAGUUCAGCCUCUGCUAAAGGAAAAUUAUACAGAAUAAUAGACCCAGCAAGACGUGGUAACCCUGAAAACUGCGAAGCUGCUAGAGAUCAAACAGAUUUGAAAACUUUAACAACAGGUAAUCGUAAAAGGGCGAAGAAAUAUAGAAGAAAAUAUCAGAGACGAAUUCAGAGACAGAAAAACAGAAAACAAAGAAGACGAAAAGGAAGUUUAGAAAUCCUCGGAAUAAGAACAAGAAUCUGUCAGAAAUACAAAAGAACUAGAAAAAGUUGGAUUUGUUCAAAAUAUUCUUUUGAAAGAAAACGCCGAGGUAAAAUUAAUUCGAGUUAAAUAAUGUACAAAGAUAAAUAUUUUGACAAUUUACUGUUUUUAUCCUUUCACAUCGUUUUUUCCAAAAUCAUUUUGUAAAAGAAAUUAGUUUUGCUGUCAUCGUGUUUUAUGUAUAAUUUGAAAUAUCAGAUUUAGAAUAAAUUUUCGAAGUCAU